AGUCGGUUUCUGUUCUGGUGCGAGCCGCGUUUGAAGCAGCGCGGAAAGUUCGCGUGUUACGAUGCCAGUGCGAGAUGUUCGCGGUGAAGAUCGUUUAUUGCCAGGUGACAAUGGAGUUCGCCGAGAACGCCAGAGAAGGGGGACGACACGAGGCCCAUUCGGCGCAGUCCACGCAGGACCGCAGGAAGCUCUUAAAGCGAACGAGGAGCCUUGCGGUGAUAUCCGAGGACGAAUCUCGACAAGAUCGAGAGUCCCACCACUUCCGACUCGGGCAAUCGACGUUCGAUUUGCCCAGGAGGCAUCAGUUGAUACCAAGGGCCAAGCUGAUCGAUAGAAACUCGCUGAAGGACAGGCUCUCGAAGAGUCAGCAACACCUCUCGGACUCCUACGAGAGAUUCAACGAAGCGAAAUCGCAAUACUCGCGAUCCGCUUGCGGCCUGCACUCGAUCCCGUCGGGACUCGCGACUUUCCCGGAUCCGUUGCCGUACGGGAGGCCCAGCCGAGGCGAUCCCGACCGUUUGAACAUCCUCGACUGGCCCGAGUCGCCGAGGCGUUAUCACAGCGUCCACGAUCUGGACACGGUCAGCGGCUUGGUAGACAUCGUCGAGGAUAAUUGGCCGAUCGAGGGAAAUCGGAGCAUCGAUUGCAUCUAUACCCAGGUCAAACGGAAGCGGAAGGAGCACAGGAGCCUGGACAGCAUACUGUUCGAGGACGACGGCGAGCUAGAGUACUUCGACGUGCUGAAUCUGUUACCCCUGUCGAACGUGCGCCUCGAGUUCGACGAGGAGGACGCGCGGAAUAACAAUUUCGCCGAGGGGAGCGACAGCCCGGGAAGCGGCAGCCAGAAGCUGAAAGCCCUCGAGUACCUCGGCGCGCGAGGAAUCGAGGAGCAGCGGGCCAGGAGCAACGCGACCGACGAGGAGAAAUGUACAGGGAGCAGAGAGAGUAAAGAAGACGCGGCGGAGCUUGAACAGUGGCGCCGGAGAGACGACAAGGACGCGGAGCAGCGGUCGGAAUACGAAGAGGAGCACGCGGAACGCGCGAGAACGGAAGCAGGUCGGGACCAGGAGCAGCAGCAACGCUCGGAGGACGAGGGCAGCCCGAUAAAUCGCUUCCGGGACGCGGCCGCUGAUCGACGAUCCACAUCGCCGGAGACUGAUGAGGACAACCGCGGAACCAACGCGCUGAUCGUCUCUGGGGGACAACACGAUCGCAAGGUGGAGGAGGCAGAGGAUUACAAGUCGAUUUGGAUCUCGGACACCGAAGAGCAAGAGGACAUGUCGAGGAGGCCGCAGGUGCUCAAAGUCGUCGACAGCGACGUGACGAAGCGGCGGCACCGACGAUCAACGACGGAGAUUGAUAUGGAGGAGGCGAAACGGAAGGAUGCAGGAGACGUGGAUCGCUUGGACGUGAAAUUGGAUGGCAAGGCUGACGGGGCUGAUGAUCCUGGGAACGAGGAGGCGAUUAAUCGGGAGAAGGACGGCGCGAACGCUGCCAUGGAGAACGCGAAGAACUUCUUCGAGCAGAAGACCACGUCCAAGGAGAGCUCCAAAAGCAAACCGAACGAGGGGAGGUUCGAGAGGAUCGUCAAGGGGACUUCCAGCAUUCUGGGGAAGGCUUGCAGUGUUGUGAAAGGCAGCCUGGGAUUCGAGGCUAGAUCCGAGAGCUCGGAUUUAGGAUUGGGCUCUGAAUCGGGCAGCGACACGAGGAGGAGAUCAGUGGACGACGGCAUCGACGAGGAUCAAACGUGCUCGGGCAAAUCCUCGGCCAAUGAAAGCAACGACUCUAAGAAGGGGCACAGCAGUCUGACCAGAUCGAGGAGCUGCGUGGACUCGAUCGAGUGCCACCAGGACGACGGCCAAGAAUUCGACCACGUGCGCUACAAGAUCGUGAAGUCCAACAUGUUCAGCAAGAACAUAUAUAACGCCGGUCGCGGAGACGUCACGUACGAGGGUCUGAUGCAGUACCUGCGAGAAUAUUCGUUUCAGGAGCUGUUGCUGGACAAUAACGUUGUUAUCAUUGAACCCGUACGUGCCGAGACUAUCGAGCGCAAGCCGACCGCAAUGGGGAAGGCAAGGUCCGAGCCUACGUGCAAGAUAGCGGGCGCGAUCCAGAAGAAAUCGGACGCAGAGGGACGCGAGAGGAACUGCGAAAGCGCCGAUGGCAACCCGAAGAGCCCCAAACAGUCCACUAUCAAGAAGCACUUCUUCUAUCAUCCGAUCAGAGUGAACCGCGAGCUCAUCGACGAAGAACUGCCUGACCCGGAUACCGUGCGGAACGUCAGAAGGAUGUUCGAGAACACAUUGAAGAUGAAGAAUAAUUCGGAGCUGUCGAGGGAGUGCAAGAACAGGAAAAGCGUCAGUAUGAAAGACUUAACCAGCAUCGACGAUCGGUUUGACGAGAUGUCUGAAAAGAUUCACGAAGGAUCCAGGUUCAGAUGUUCCAGCAGAGCGAAGGACCUCACCAGACUCUUCGAGAACCUAGAGAAGUCGACAUCCUCCAACGCUUCGGUAGUAGGCGGCAAAGACGAGCUAGAUAGUCCUCGUUCCGAGUCGAAGACGAGGAUCCUAGCUCAGUCUUUCGAAGCUAGAAGCGGCCACACGUCUCCAAGCGAUUCAUCGUCCUCCAAGAACAAAGUGAAUCGGUACCACCAUCACCAUCAUCAUCAUAAUUGGGACUCCGGCAGCGUGAGCUCCGGGGUGUCCAGUGAUUAUCCUGACACUGAUCCUGGCAGCGGUGUGCAGUGCAUCUCAUCGGAGGACGAAGAGGUGGAUUGCCACGAGGAUGAAAGCAACGAGGCUCACAGUUCUAGCCAUUACGUCUCGCAAGAUGUCCUCAAGAAGAUCCGAGAAUGCGGCACCUCGGUGACCUACUACGGAGGCAAGGUGGUCAACUCCAGCAACGGACCCCUAAUCUCGCCGGUCGUCGAGAACAGGUUCAAGUGCAUCGACAGAUCGAACGACUACGUCAAGUUCCGGCUGGUGAAGAGCAACUCUUGCGACAGCAGGCUCGAGCUCACCGGAAGACUGGUCGAGAAUCAUCUCAGAUGUCGGAACAGAGAGAAAGCGCUCGACCUGAGCAGGUACACUAUCGCGGAGACGCCGAGUAUCGAGAUCACCACGAUCGAGAAGCAGGAGAAGGAGAACGAGGCCCAAGAAGAGAAAAGGACCGGCCAGGUUGAAGCGAAGAGGGAGCCGCCCGUCGUGAUCGGAUUGGAGCCGAAAAAGGAGGACAGCAAGGACGGGAAGGCAGCGUUCAAGGCGGACUUCAAACUUGGCCCAUUAGACGACGCCAAGUCCACCUAUCCGAGCAGAUUCAUAGGCAGCGCGCUGACCAGGUGGCAGGUGAACGAGAACAACUGGAGGACGCCGGACGACUUCGGCAAAAUGGAGUUCGAGGAGUUCGAGGUGCUCGAGGACAGCCUGAACGCCGCGGAGAAUCAGCGUUCCGAGACAUCCUGAGCGGGCUAACUUGUAAUAUAUAGUCGGUUACGAUAUCGGGAGAGAUUGCCAAAGGAGAGUCGGUAGUUUCUAGUGCUUUCCGUAUCCUCGAGCGAGGGUCCCCGGUGUUUUCUUUUCUGUUUCCGGGAGAUCCACUCGGGAAUGCCGUUCCGUCGUUGUUCCGAUGGAGAGUUGUACAGUUAUCAAUCGAGGUUUCCCAGCAACGACUUGGAUAUUUUAAUCGUAGAUUCGUCGAUUAAUAGACUGCGGAUUCGAUGUGUGCGCUGUGUACGCGAUCGCUUGAAAUUUGAAAGUUUUAGAGCUCGAUGAACACGAAGCAUCUUCCAUUUGAACAAGUCUUUGACUGUAGCAUCUGUUUCCUCGAUUAUCGAUUUCAUUUGAAAAGAAUCGUUGCGUUCGCACGAACGUCCGCAGUUUAAACAUUAAAAUUUACGAUGGUCUAUCUUGCAGGUGUGAGGGGGGAGUGUACAUAAAAUAGGAAAGAUCAUUCGACAAUUGUAUGUUCUCAUGUUGUUACUUAAGUCGUCCUUAUCUGGCUACAAAAUAAAUAUUCAUUAAGAAAACUUGGUGUGAUUAGAAUCCUGAGCUACUUCGUUUCGUCCGAACGAUAGCGGGUCGACGAAAACUG